GACAUGACAACGUUGAUUUCCAAAGUACCCGCUAAGUAUGAGAAUGGAUUCUGAUUAUGUAUAUCCUAUCCACGUAAAUGAUUAUCGACUUUAUCCGAGUUGGUGAUUAACGGAAUUAAAUAAACCAAAUACGAGUAUGGGUUUUUGGAUACGUAAAUUUUAUGCAAUCAUUGAUUUGAACAGGCAAUCAGGCAGGGUUUCAAUUUUCUCUUUGACUAUUAAAGAAGAAAAGCACAGGACUUUGUGAAGGCCAAAAUACAAGAUCAUGAGAUUUUCGAGAUAUGAAUUCAAAUUCCUCGUUGUUGUAUGGUUAUCUCUAUUGCCAGUUUUGAUGUUUUGUAUAACAGUUUACUUCAGAAAGAAGACAUUCUCGAAAACGGAAUUAUGCCGUGAAGGUCUGGUCGAUAACGUAUCAAUUACAAGUGAAGGAGUGGAUUGGAUCACAGAUGAGAUUUCUCAUUCUAGAUUAUUUGACCUCAGUGAAAAUGUCUUAAUCAAGGAGGAUCAAAUAAAAAAUGUAGAUCGGAUCGGUAUUUCUCAUGAGACACUUAGACGUCGUGCUUUGAAUUACAUUUAUGAAGCACGAUACACUUUGAACAAUUUACGCAACAUUUUUACCCAAUUAAAAAAAGUUAAUCAAAAGGAAUUGGACACUGAAACAGUUUCAUCAAUACAAGCAUCGUUAGUUCGUUAUCGACAGAAUAUGGAGGAAACUAUUACACACUUGCAACUUAUUCUUAACAAACUAGGUGAAUUAGAUGAAUUUUCACAAAUCAGAAAGAAUGGCUUAAAUAAGCUUUCACAGCGAUUACAGGAGAAGAUUCAAAAACAACAGAAUCCGUCAGAUUGUAAAAAAGCCAAAUAUGUAACAUUAGACUUUACUAAUCUGUGUGGAUUGGGUUGUCGCAUGCAUCAACUCAUGUACUGCUUACAAUUGGCUCUUGAAAAUGAGCGUGUUUUUGUAUUAAAGAAACAUCAUUCUGGAGACCCAUUUCGAGAAUGGCUUCAUCAGAGCAUGUUACCACUUUCUGACAAAUGCAGUUACUUGGACUCAGAUAAUAGAUCAGAUAACAUCGAAUGUCCUCUGGUUCGAAAGGCUUUCACCGAUCCUAAAUGGUUGCCAUAUGCUCUCCCGAUAGAUAUGAAUGAAGAAUUAUUGCGUUUACACGAGGCACCCUUUGUUUGGUUUGCUGGUCAACUAGCAGCCUACAUUUUGCGUCCAAAGCCACAACUUGCACAAUUGAUCAAUGUAACUUUGAAGAGCUUUAAAACGAGUGGUGAUCCUGUUGUUGGCGUGCAUAUCAGGCGUACCGAUAAGUUAGUAUUGGAGGCUAAGUUUCAUGACUUAUCCGAGUACAUGGAACACGUGGAUAAUUUCUUUGAUUUACAAAGUGUUCAUCUCUUGACUAUGUCAAAGAGACAUAACAUGAAUGUGGAGAGAUUUGGAUCAGUUUCUGAAAGAAUCAUUGGACGAAACAAUUCUGUUCAGGCUAAGCGAAGUGUUUACUUGUCGACAGAUGAUCCGAAUAUUUUUACUCAACUACCCUACAGUUAUCCAAACUACACCAUCUAUGGUAGUCAAGGUAGAUCGCAGUCAGCUAAUUUGAAUAUACGGAUGUCAGUUAAUUCAAUGAAUAAUGCAAUUAUUGACAUCAUUGCACUUUCAAUGACAGAUUUCCUUGUGUGUACAUUUUCAUCGAAUGUUUGUCGUUUAGCCUAUGAGUUAAUGCAAACACGUCAUAUGGAUUUGGGUGAUGCAACACAAUUAUUUCAUUCAAUCGAUAAGUUUUACCAUCAAGAAGAUUACGGCAGACUGAAAUUUGAUGUGAUCAUUCCAGAUAUGAAGGUAAAUUUGAAGUAUGGUGAUGUAGUGGAAAUUCGCCAAAUUAACUGGAACGGUUCAGUGUUAGUAAAACCACAGCAAUCAAGUGAAAAUAUACAUAAUAAAAACCGAGAGGGUAUGGAAAACGAAUUCAUUGCACCUGCUUACAGGUUUAGACCAAAAAUGAACAUGACUGGAUUCAACUGAUGAAGUGAGAUUGUUUCAACAGACUAUAUAUCACUGUAGAUUCAGUUUUACACCGCCAUUUUUAUUCCGCUGAAGUUUUGGUGUCUAACAUUAUCCUGCUCAAUAUUUUAUACACAGCUAAUAAUUUAUAUUGACAUUCUUAUAAAUCUGUUGACUAUCACUAAUGUAUGUUUCAGUUAAUUUUUUACUGCAAUUGUACAGUACUACCGAAUAGACGUGACUCAUGUAACAACAUUAAGAAAUUAAAGUUGAUUAUUGAC